CCAGAACAAACAUGGCGAUGCCCCUAAACAUUAGACGUUCAAGACGCUGUGUAGUCGCCGCUCGCAUAACUGUGUGUAUUCCUCCGUGUGUGGAGACUGGAUGUCAAGUGGAUGUUAUAUAAGAUAUCAUUUUAGAAGUCGAGAAAUACCUUUGGUAAAUGCUGGCGAGCUACUUCAUCAUAUGUAUUCAGUUCUGUUUUCUGGCGUAACAAGAAUACGCUGGACGUGCUUAAGACAAGUCUGUCUCACUCACUGUAACAUGAGCACAAGCAGCGGUACCUCAACCAACGGCCACGGCAGGUCAACGGCAGGCGUAAUAGUGAUUGGCGAUGAAAUUUUAAAAGGUCAAGUAAAAGACACCAACUCACACUUCAUCCUCAAGCAUCUGCAUUCGUUUGGAGUUCGUGUUCCAAAGGUCUCUGUGAUCCCCGACAGCGUGACGCUGAUUGCUGAUGAAGUACGCCUGUUCGCGGAGAAGUUCGACUUUGUUAUCACCUCUGGAGGCAUUGGACCCACACAUGAUGACAUGACCUUUGAAGGUGUGGCGGCUGCGUUUGGGGACAAGACACAGAUGAGGCCCGAGAUUCAGAAAUUCGUAUCCGAGUACUUCAAGACAGAUGAUACUAGUCAACCCUGCUUCAAGCUAGCACAGGUUCCAAGCACUGCCCAGCUGGUCUAUGCCGAGGAUAAGACCCGAGGCGUGCGCUCACGAUUCCCCGUUGUACGCAUGCGCAAUGUAUACGUUCUUCCCGGUGUGCCAAACCUACUGGAGAAGGCCUUCCUCUUACUAGCAAAGGAGUACUUUGUGAAUCCGGACUCGCAGUUUUGCUGUGACGAGGUGUACCUGUGGCUGGACGAGGUCUCUGCGGCCACUGCGCUAAACCAGACUGUGGCAGAGUGCCCCAGUGUGACGUUCGGCUCGUACCCGGUGCUGUAUCACAGUUACUACAAGACUCGCAUUACUCUCGAGGCGACCGACAUGGCGGCCGUACAGGCGGCCCGCGCGCGGCUGACCGAGGCGCUGCCUAGCGGCACUUUGGUGAACUACACACCUGACCCCGUCACGGGUGCGGCCAGACGACUGGAGGGCAUGACCCAGCGGGAAGAGCAUGUAAAGGAGGCGGUGGAUAUAGUCAACCAGUGCUACGACAAGUAUAGCCCGGAGGAGGUCUGCGUGUGUUUCAACGGUGGCAAGGACUGUACUGCGGUGCUUCACCUGGCCCAUACGAUACAGACAGGCCGCCACCCGGGCAGUCGACUGCGCGCCGUCUACAUACGAGAGAGCAAACCGUUCCCGGCCAUGGAAACGUUUGUCGAGGAGACUCGGGUCAGGUACGACCUGGACCUUUACAUCAUCGGCGGACCGAUGAAGGCGGGGCUGCACGCUAUGAAAGAGCACUGGCCCGAGGUCAAGGCCUGCAUCAUGGGCACCCGACAGGGAGACCCUUAUGCCGAGCUAAUGAGGCCGUUCCAGCCGACCGACUCGGACUGGCCGCAGCUGAUGCGUGUGAACCCGAUCCUGGCCUGGGACUACCACCAGCUGUGGCUGUUUGUGCGCGCGCUCACACUCUCCUACUGCAGCCUAUACGAUAAGGGAUACACAUCGCUAGGAUCUGUGGACAACACACUACCAAACCCUGCGCUACAGGAAACCAUCGGCGACGGUACUGUCACCUACCGGCCCGCCUACGAACUAGAGGAUGUCACCCGUGAGAGGGAUGGCAGGAUAGGGCGCAGGCGCAGAGGCUCGUGAUUAGUGUGACUGUACCGCUUGAUUGUAGGGAACAGUUUGGGAUUUAGGCGUGGGCUGUUUAUUGUGUAAAUGUGACAGUUUUUAGGUUGAAUGCGUUUUUUUUUUUAAUAACGCAGCAGGCAGACAGUGUGUAGCAGUAUUUCAGAGUUGUGAUCACAGUCUUCAUUCGAACCGAGUGUUGGUGGUUUGGAUCGCAUCGAUCAUAUUGAGACAUACUCCGGGAAAGAAAUGCUCACAAUAGAACAUGUGUCAUAUUUUUACCACGUCAGUGCUGCUACUCUUAUGACAAUGGAGUUUUUAGUCGGAUACUUAUGUGUGAUAUACUUGUCGGCGAGUAUGUGUAUGGACGAAUGAAUGUAACAAGCUUGUAGCUGUCCUCAUGACAUAGAUAUACCUCAUGCGUGUGACGUUAGGCAUGUGGCGUGCGGAGAUGAACAAAGGUGUUGGAUGUGCUGUCAUAAUCACGAAUCAUAUUGCCACUAGUUUGCUGUCAGUGCGCCAUUUGGCGAAAUACAAGCGAACAUUAUGUAGUAUUCAA